AUGACCCCGCCGGCCGCGCGCCUGGCGCUGGUUCUUCUGUCUUGCGUUGUAUGGAUGUUGUACAGCUGCGCAGACGGAACAAUCAAGACAUGUGACACAGACAACGGAUGGACUCUUCACGGCUCCCGCUGUUACAAGAAGAUGGAGACAACCAACGGUUGGCUGGGGGCUCGUCACGACUGCCUCUGGGAGGGCGGCGACCUUGUUUCCAUCACCUCCACGGACGAGGAAGACUUUGUGAAGCGGCAGAUGGGCGACCAGCCCUUCUGGAUCGGGCUCUCCAAUCUGAACUGCGAAGAGGACUGGUGUCAUUUUUUGGAUGUGGGAGAAAAGAAGCUGACUUGGUCCAGCACCAGUAUGACGCCGAACUACACCAACUGGGACUCGCGUCAAAAGGGAAGCUCCAACGUUGCUUCCUGCGCCUACGUCAACCAAGGUGUGGACCUCUCCAAUCAGCCUGGAAAGUGGAGACAUGGCUCGUGCCAAUCCUCCUUGGCAUACAUGUGCAAGUGGUCGCCCGACGACUGCCCGGACGGAUGGCCGUGUUCCUACAAAGACUUGGGUUACCGUUACAAUCGAGUUGAGACUUCCUUCUGCGACUCUGGCGAGUUCCUGUACAAGGACUCUUGUUACCAUUUUGAGGGGACCCGUAAAACCUGGCAAGAGGCUGAGGGUUUCUGCAAGAACAAGGGAGGUCACCUGGCCAGCCUCCACUCACUGGUUGUCGGACAAUUUUUGUUUGCUCACGUGCGACGAGAUGGACAAGGAUGGUUGGCUUGGCUGGGACUCAAGAAGAACAAUGGCAACUUUGAGUGGAGCGACACAUCAUCUCCAGAUGGCAAGGCCAGAGAAUUUCUUCCGCUUCUUCUGACGCCGACAUCAGCAUCAGGCAAGAGCCCAAAGUGCGGCUGGUGGCAGGAAAACCCCGCCAACGACUUCUGCUACCUGAUCAACUCCAAGGCCACCAAGACCUGGAAGGAGGCGCGAGACAAGUGCGCCCGCCUCAGCGGCAACCUGCUCGGCUUCGCCGACUCGCAGGAACACGCCUUCAUCCAAGGUCUUCUGCCAAACGCUUCCUCUUUGUGGUUGGACACCAACGACACCACGGUUGAAGACGGCAGCGAGCAGUCGGCCCAAUCCUCACCCAAUUCCGUCCAGUUGGCCGCCGCAGGUAACCCCGGCGACCCCUCCGGCCGACGCUGCAACUCCUUACUCGGUGGCGAGGGCGGCCGGGAAGUCGGCGAUUGCGAGAAGAAGCGCGGCUACGUCUGCAAGAGACGAGUCGUUCAGACAUGUGAAACAAACAAAGGGUGGCAACGCCUCGGCUCCAACUGCUACAAGAAGAUGGAGACCACCAACGGUUGGCUGGGGGCUCGCUACGACUGCGUCUGGGAGGGCGGCGACCUGGUCUCCAUCACCUCGCCCUACGAGGAAAGCUUUGUGACGGAGCAAAUGGGCGACAAGCCCUUCUGGAUCGGACUCUCCAAUCUGAACUGCAACAAGACCUGGUGUCAGUUCUUUGAAGCGGGACAAAAGAGGCUGACUUGGUCUAACACCGCUGUGACGCUGAACUACGUCAACUGGCACUCAGGUCAAGACGGAAGUGCCAGCGUUGGUUCCUGCGCGUACGUCAACCAAGGUGUGCACUCCUCCAGUCAGCCCGGCAAGUGGAGACAUGGCUCGUGCGGAUCCUCCUUGCCGUACAUGUGCAAGCGGGCGCCCGACGACUGCCCGGAGGGACGGCUGUGUUCCUACAAAGACUACGGAUUGGGCUACAAUCGAGUGGAGACUUCAGCUUCCUUCUGCGACCCUGGCGACUUCCUGUACAAGGGCUCUUGCUAUCACUUUUGGGAGAAGAAACGAACUUGGGAGGACGCCGAGAAGUUCUGCCGAGAAUCGAAAGGUCACCUGGCCAGCCUCCACUUACUGGACGAAGGCCAAUUCUUGGCUGGUCACAUGCCCUACAAAGGAGGAUUGCAAUCCUGGGUGGGACUCAAGAAACACGACAGAAUGUUUGAGUGGCGCGACGCAACACCUGCAGGCAAGAUCGAGUGGGUCCCACACAGGCCGGCCGGACGGGGUGACUGCGCUGCCUUGUCGCUGACUGGAAAACUUGAGGACUGGCCCUGCACCGAUAUUCUGCCAUUCAUCUGUAAAAAAGCCAAGGUCCAAGACUUUCUUCUUCCUCCGCCGCCAGGCCGGAGUGCAAAGUGCGGCUGGUGGCGGGACCGACCCUCCUCCGACUUCUGCUACCUGAUCCAACACAGGCCAACCAAGGCCUGGAAGGAGGCGCGAGACGACUGCCUUCGCCACGGAGGCGACCUGCUCAGUAUCACCGACUCACAUGAACAGGCCUUCAUACAAAGUCUGUACACUUUUCUGCUGAGCGCUCCCUCUCUGUGGUUGGGUAUCAACCACAACAUCACGAAAGACGGCAGCGGGUGGACUGACGGAUCCCCGUUGGGUUACGUCGUCAUGGACAGAGAUGACCCCGGUGACCCCUCUGGUGCGUCCUGUCUUUCCCUGCUCACAAGCAACGGCCGCUGGAGGUUUGACGAUUGCCGGAAGAAGGGAGGCUACAUGUGCAAGAAACGAGGAAACAUUCCAAAACCGCCGCAGCAGCCUCAUGACGCAUUAAUCGAUCCCAAGGCAUCAUGUGACGCCAAAAACGGAUGGAAUCCUUACGGCUCCAACUGCUACAAGAAGGUGGAGACGCAAAACGGUUGGCUGGGGGCUCGUCAGGACUGCCUCUGGGAGGGCGGCGACCUGGUCUCCAUCUCCUCGUUCUACGAGGAAAGCUUUGUGAAGAAGCAAAUGGGCGACAAGCCCUUUUGGAUCGGACUCUCCAAUCUGGACUGCAACAAGGACUGGUGUCAGUUUUUUGAAGAGGGAGAAAAGAAGCUGACUUGGUCCGACACCGGUGUGACCCCGGCCUACGCCAACAGGGACUCGCGUCAAGACGGAAGCUCCAACCUUCAGUCCUGCGCGUACGUCAACCAAGGUGUGCACUCCUCCAGUCAGCCCGGCAAGUGGAGACAUGGCUCGUGCGGAUCCUCACUGGCGUACAUGUGCAAGCGGUCGCCCGACGACUGCCCGGAGGGACAGCUGUGUUCCUACAAAGACUACGGAUUGGGCUACCAUCGAGUGGAGACUUCCUACUGCGACCCUGGCGACUUCCUGUACAAGGGCUCUUGCUAUCACUUUGGGAGGAUGGAGCGCACUUGGAAGUAUGCCGAGAAGUUCUGCCAAGAGUCGAAAGGUCACCUGGCCAGCGUCCUCUCAUGGGACGAGGGCAAAUUCUUGGCUGCUCACGUGCCAUAUGUAGGAGGAUUGCAAUCUUGGGUGGGACUCAAGAAGAACAAGGGCAACUUUGAGUGGAGCGACGCAACACCUACAGGCAACAUCACGUGGGUCCCAAACAGGCCGGCCGGACGUGGAGACUGCGCUGCCUUGUCGCAGACUGGAAAACUUGAGGACCGGCCCUGCACCAAUAUUCAGCCAUUCAUCUGUAAAGAAGCCAAGGUCCAAGACUUUCUUCUUCCUCCGCCGGCAGGCUGGAGUGCAAAGUGCGGCUGGUGGCUGGAGCGAUCCUCCUCCGACUUCUGCUACCUGAUUCAACGCAAGCCCACCAAGACUUGGGAGGAGGCGCGAGACGACUGCCUUCGCCGCGGAGGAGACCUUCUCAGCAUCGCCGACUCAAUAGAACAGACCUUCAUACAGAGUCUGCACACUUUUCUGCCGAGCGCUCCCUCUCUGUGGUUGGGCGUCGACAACAACGUCACCAAAGACGGCAGCAAGUGGAUUGACGGAUCUCCGUUCGUUUACAUCGUCAUGGACAGAGAUGACCCCGGUGACCUCACUGGUGCGUCCUGUCUUUCCUUGCUCACGAGCAACGGCCGCUGGAAGUUUGACGAUUGCCGGAAGAAGGGAGGCUACAUCUGCAAGAAACGAGGAAACAUUCCAAAACCGCCGCAGCAGCCUCAUGACGUAUUAGCCGAUCGUCAGUCACCAUGUGACACAGUCAACGGAUGGAGUUCUCACCGCUCCAAGUGCUACAAGAAGAUGGAGAAAACCAACGGGUGGCUGGGGGCCCGUUACGACUGCCUCUGGGAGGGCGGCGACCUUGUUUCCAUCACCUCCAAGGACCAGGAAGACUUCGUGAAGAGGCAAAUGGGCGACAAGCCCUUCUGGAUCGGACUCUCCAAUCUGAACUGCGACGAGGCCUGGUGUCAGUUUUCCGAAGCAGGAGAAAAACUGCUGACUUGGUCCGACACCGGUGUGACGCCGACCUACACCAACAGGGACUCGCGUCAAGACGGAAGUGCCAGCGUUGGUUCCUGCGCCUACGUCAACCAAGGUGUGCACGACAGCAGUCAGCCUGGCAAGUGGAGACAUGGAUCGUGCGGAUCCUCCUUGCCGUACAUGUGCGAGAGGUCGCCCGACGACUGCCCGGUGGGUCGGCUGUGUUCAUACAAAGACUACGGAUUGGGCUACCAUCGAGUGGAGAGUGAGUAG